CGGAGCCUUUGGGGGCGUGCGUGCGUGUGUGAGUGCGCGCCAGCCAGCGGGAGUGUGUGUGCGCCCCGGGCGCGGGCUGGGCGGCACUCGCACGGCGGCUGAAGCGGCGGGAGCCGGGCGGUCGCGUCGUCACUCGAGAGAGAGAGGCGGCGGCGGCGGCCGGGCCGGGCCGGGCCGGGGCUGGGGCAGCGGCGGCCGCGCCGGGCAUGGAGCUGGCAAGCCCGCGCUGAGGCAGGACGCGCCUGCUAGCAGCCAGCGAGAGGCUCUCCGCCGUCCGGCGCGCGGGCUCCCCGGCCGGGGCCGGGCAAACUUUUCUUUCUCUUUUGCCGUCUCCAGAGGCGCCUUCUGCGGCGGGCAGAACGACUCUUCGGCGCGGCGGGGCCGGGGCAGGCUGGACGCAGCAUGAUGCGCGCAGUGUGGGAGGCGCUGGCGGCGCUGGCGGCAGUGGCGUGCCUGGUGGGCGCGGUGCGCGGCGGGCCCGGGCUCAGCAUGUUCGCCGGCCAGGCGGCGCAGCCCGACCCCUGCUCGGACGAGAACGGCCACCCGCGCCGCUGCAUCCCCGACUUUGUCAACGCGGCCUUCGGCAAGGACGUGCGCGUGUCCAGCACCUGCGGCCGGCCCCCGGCGCGCUACUGCGUGGUGAGCGAGCGCGGCGAGGAGCGGCUGCGCUCCUGCCACCUCUGCAACGCGUCGGACCCCAAGAAGGCGCACCCGCCCGCCUUCCUCACCGAUCUCAACAACCCACACAACCUGACGUGCUGGCAGUCGGAGAACUACCUGCAGUUCCCGCACAACGUCACGCUUACGCUGUCUCUCGGCAAGAAGUUCGAGGUGACCUACGUGAGCCUGCAGUUCUGCUCGCCACGGCCGGAGUCUAUGGCCAUCUACAAGUCCAUGGACUACGGGCGCACGUGGGUGCCUUUUCAGUUCUAUUCCACGCAGUGCCGCAAGAUGUACAACCGGCCGCACCGCGCGCCCAUCACCAAGCAGAACGAGCAGGAGGCCGUGUGCACUGACUCGCACACCGACAUGCGCCCGCUCUCGGGAGGCCUCAUCGCCUUCAGCACUCUGGACGGGCGGCCCUCGGCGCACGACUUCGACAACUCGCCCGUGUUGCAAGACUGGGUCACGGCCACCGACAUCCGCGUGGCCUUCAGCCGCCUGCACACGUUCGGCGACGAGAACGAGGACGACUCGGAGCUGGCGCGCGACUCGUACUUCUACGCCGUGUCGGACCUGCAGGUGGGCGGUCGCUGCAAGUGCAACGGCCACGCGGCCCGCUGCGUGCGCGACCGCGACGACAGCCUGGUGUGCGACUGCAGGCACAACACAGCCGGUCCGGAGUGCGACCGCUGCAAGCCUUUCCACUAUGACCGGCCCUGGCAGCGCGCCACCGCCCGCGAGGCCAACGAGUGCGUGGCCUGUAACUGUAACCUGCACGCCCGGCGCUGCCGCUUCAACAUGGAGCUCUACAAGCUGUCGGGGCGCAAGAGCGGGGGCGUCUGCCUCAACUGCCGCCACAACACGGCGGGCCGCCACUGCCACUACUGCAAGGAGGGCUACUACCGAGACCUGGGCAAGCCCAUCACCCACCGCAAGGCCUGCAAAGCCUGCGACUGUCACCCCGUGGGCGCCGCUGGCAAGACCUGCAACCAAACCACGGGCCAGUGUCCCUGCAAGGACGGUGUGACCGGCAUCACCUGCAACCGCUGUGCCAAGGGCUACCAGCAGAGCCGCUCCCCCAUCGCCCCCUGCAUAAAGAUCCCCGUGGCACCGCCAACCACUGCAGCCAGCAGCGUGGAGGAGCCCGAAGACUGUGAUUCCUACUGCAAGGCCUCCAAAGGGAAGCUGAAGAUUAACAUGAAAAAAUACUGCAAGAAGGACUAUGCCGUUCAGAUCCACAUCCUGAAGGCAGACAAGGCAGGGGACUGGUGGAAGUUCACAGUGAACAUCAUCUCCGUGUACAAGCAGGGCACAAGCCGCAUCCGCCGCGGUGACCAGAACCUGUGGAUUCGCUCACGGGACAUAGCCUGCAAGUGCCCCAAAAUCAAGUCCCUCAAGAAGUACCUGCUGCUGGGCAACGCGGAGGACUCGCCCGACCAGAGCGGCAUCGUGGCGGACAAGAGCAGCCUGGUGAUCCAGUGGCGGGACACGUGGGCGCGGCGGCUGCGCAAGUUCCAGCAGCGUGAGAAGAAGGGCAAGUGCAAGAAGGCCUAGUGCGGAGGCUGCGGCGCGCCGGGCGGGCAGGCGGGCGGGGUGCGGGGCCGGCGAGAGCAGGAGCGGGCGGCCCGCCACCGCGGCAUGGACUUGGCCCGCGAGGGCUUUCCCAGCUGGGGGGAGGGUGGGGGCGGGGACGCGACGAGGGCGGGGCCCUCGGUGGCCCCCGCCCCCAGCCCCGCCCCACGCGCCCCUGGGCGGCCAGGCCCCAGAGAAAUGAGGGCGAGACUUAAGCUACCUCACGGGCUCCUUCCCCCCGGGGCGGGAGGGUGUCGGGGCAGGCGGGCCACACGUGAGGGGUAGAGAAGGGCACGUGAGGAGAACUGUGAACUCAGGCCUGCAGUCCGGGCGGGGGCUGAGCCAGCCCGGCCAAACCACCACCCUUAACAUAAGACCCAAAAUCCUUUCCUGUUCCCCCGACUUUUCUUUGGGAAUUCCCACAGAAACCCUGGCUGUGACAACUUGGGCCCCGUCUGCAGGGGAGGUGGAAGUAGCCUGUCCAGCCAGCCUUACCCAGGUGGGCCACCAUGACCUGCCACAAAGGCCCUCCUGGGUGGGGUUUAGCCUGUGUAGCCAGAACCAUCAAGCCCCUGCUGGUCCUGCCCCCGCCCAGCUGAGGGGUGGGGGGUGCUGGCCCGGGCAGAGGGCAGUGGGCCCAAGGACACCCCUGAGAAGCCCAAGCCGGGUGGUCGGUCACUGCUCAUGCUGGAGCUGCCUGUUGGAGGAGGCAUUGCGAACGCAAAAACCUCCCAGAGAGUUUCCUUUCUGGAAAGUUGGAAGCAGCUCCUUUAUGACAUUUUCCAGGGGAGGGGGAAGGGGCACGGGCUGGGUUUAUGGCAGUGACACUAUUUGUGUAAUGACAUCAGCUCCCACAAGGCCUCUCAGCAGUGUCAACAGCUGGGAAGGGCCUGGAACGCAGGCUGUGAAGGCAUCUGGGCCCGGCUAGGGGAAGGGGUUGCUGGAGUCAGGACCACUUCACUGGCUCAGUGAGCUGCUGGAGGACCCACGCCAGGGACGGGCAGGGGCAGGAACCACUAGGUUCUCGGGUACCAAGAAAGCCAUGACCGCUUCCUGUGGCGGCCCUCACACCCCCCCCCCCACCCGUGGCUGUCAUGAACAGCCUGGGCCGCACCUCGCCCACUCCUUUCUGGCUGCCCCCUUUCCAAAGCUUCCUGGAGAUACCAUGCCCCAGGCCUUGGUGUCUGAUGGCUUCACACAGGGCCAGCCCUGGGGCCAUGUGCCCCCCACCCCCAGCACCGCCCAGGGGUCCUUGGUCCACUUCCUCACAGCCUGCACAAUGAAUUCGAGGCCGGGCUCCUCACUCAGUCAGGAAAUUGGUUUCAUUUUUCCCUGCUGGAGUUUGGCUAAUCACAAGGGUCAUACCAAGUAUGAAGCUCGGGCCUGAGCGGUUUGGCCUCCCCAACUUGGGCCUGCAGCCGGCCGCCAUCACCCAAGCACCUGCUCUGUGCCAGGCACCCCUGUAAGCUCCCGUCAUCUUCACAACCCUGAGACGGCAGUCAGCCCUCCCCCAACGCCCAGCGUGGUCUGAGUACCUAUUGUCGGCCCACAGUCCUUGAGAAGCACUGCCCGGCUAGGGCGGUGGUCUCGUUUCUGUUCACACCAGACUGGCUUCUCUGCCCUGCCCAGAAGGGCCGUAGUGGUCCCGCCACCUCCCACCCUGGGCCUGAGUCUCCCCCCAGGUCCACGGAGAGCUUGCACUGAUGGUCUCUGGGCCCCUCUGGUCUGGAGCCAGCAGCCUGCAAAGCAGCAAUGCAUCUUGCUUUAAAUUCGGCCACCCUCCACCCUUGCCCUCCUGCUCAGCACCCUGAGGGCAAGAUAGCCUGGCUUCUGGGGAGUGUCCGGGUGACCAGAUCAGCCAGGCUGCGGUGAGGACACUAUUGGGAUUUUAGUCCUCACAGGCUGCCUUCCCCACUGCAUGGGCCCAGCCCAAACCCAGCCCACCUGCCUCCAAAUCCAGCCACCACUUCAGCAGUGAGGACCCAUCGGUGGGAAAGCACCCCUCUUCCUCCCCUGCCCCCCUUUCCCUUGCGAGGAGAUGGAAACAGGCAGUGAAGUGUUCUGGUUUGUACAGUUAGGAAAGGAUGUAAAAUGGAACUAGAUUUUGAAGAGUGUAUUAAUCAGAGUUGUGAUAUGUAGGUGUUUGAAGAAAAACAUACCCGAUUAGUUUUUUUUUUUUUUUGAAAGAGUCCCCAGUUGUCCUUUUUCUUACCUGCUGGGUGGUCUGGAGGCCCUGACAGCAGAGUCCCUGCCUCUCUGACACAGUAACACUGAAGACUGGAGUGGAAGGAAGGGGGGAUCGAUGGGGGACUGCCCCUUGGACUCACCUGCAGGAGGUGGCUUCUGUCUGGAGCAAGCAAGGUAGGAGGCAGCAGCCUCAGGUCCCCACAGACGGGAGGGAGGGAGACUUGCCGUCCAAGCCAGGGAGGUUGGGCGCUGCCCCGGGGCCCGUUGUGACCACCUGGUGCCCUGCCUCUGCAGUAGCCGCAGGAGACGGGUGCAGACUGUCUUUGGCCCAGGUUGGAAUGAGACUGAAAUCCAGGAGACCCUGAGGGGUCAAGAAAUGGUCCCUGUAGGAGAUUUAAAAAUGUCAGGGCCUCAAUGCUCAAGGGAAGACUGGAGAGUGGACCAACUAGACUCACUGAUGUGGUUACUGGGCCACGGUUCACGGCCACAGCCGUGCCAUAGCCUAGGGGUGCCGAACUGUGUCCUCGUGGGGCCGCACCCCUGCCAAAGCCAGGCCAGCCCCACUCCCUAGGUCAUCAGACAUCACCCCCCUUCCCCUGCUCCCCAAGGCACCUCCCCUCCCCCCCGACCCCCUGCUGCGUUUCGGAGUUCUGUUCACUCAGAAUUGUAAAUGUUUAGUUGUGACCAUGACAUACUGUUUGGGUCAGUGUUCCUUUCCAAUGCAUACUAAUAUAUUAUGGUUAUUAUAUAUGAAUAUAUUUAAUGACAUGGAAAAAGUUGUGGAUUUUUUUUUAAGUUUUUUUUUGUUUUGGUUAGAGUUGUAAUGGACCCAGAUGGAACUUGUAACGUGGGCCCCACAUGCUAGAACUAAAUUCAGAUAUCAAUUAAAUAAACUCUUGUACACUGUU